GACGCAUUGUUGACGCUUUUAGCGUUGUGUUUUCAAACUAGUCUAGUACUACUAUAUAUUAUAUUUCGGUUACGGCGGACAUAAGUAAUACACAUAUUAUUAAUAAACGAAUCACAAUGAGCUUGAAGUAGAACAGAAGCACUGUGUAACAUCUAGGUGGUAUUUUGCAAACCUGGGACAUGCAGCAAUAGUUUUUGGACAGAAGCUGACCUUACAUUUACUGUUUUUCCCCUGAUAGAUUUAGGCACUUCUAUAAACACUGUUACAUUCCAACUAGCUGUAGAACAUACAGAAACUUAGAACCUCCAACAGGAUGGAGGAUGAUGCCUCCCUGCAUCGACUGGAAGGCAGCAACCCCAGUGCACAGGUCGGAGGACUGAUAGUCAAGAAGAAAAGUGCUGCGGCUGAGCAACAUGUGUUCAGAGCACCAGCACCUCGUACCUCUCUCUUAGGUCUGGAUCUGCUGGCUGCACAGAAACGCAAAGAGCGGGAAGUAAAGGAGCAGCUGAAUUCUGAUGAUGAUUACAAAUCCAAAAGGUCCAAGGUGUCUUCCUACAAGGACUGGGAGGAGGGCAAAAGUGACUCUGGGUCUGAUGAUGAUGAUGAUGAUGAUGAUGAUGAUGAUGAUGAUGAUGAUGAAAAUGAAAAAGAUAAAGGGAGAAAUGGAAAAAAAGAGAACAGGACGUAUCGGACGACAGGCUCAGAAACCCCCUCUAACCCUGGUGGAGUUAGUGAAGAGUUCCGGAGAAAACAUCAGCAAAGGGAAAAAGACCGCCGGGAGCACGGAGUAUACGCAUCAUCUAAAGAGGACAAAAGCAGGGACAAAGACAGAGAAAGAUCCCGAGACAGGGAUCGGAAUCGAGACAGAGGGUCAAAAAGUGAUCGAGAUGAGCGAGAACGUAGUUACAGUCGGGGUUCUAGCAGCAGCCGCUCUGAGCACCGGGGCAGCAGUGUGCGAAGUGAGCGCUCACAGAGGGAUGAUUGGUCUGAGCGUAUCAGUCGCGGUAGUCGUAGGGAUGAGCCUGACACACCUCGCAAUCGACCCAGAGAUGCUCAAACACCGUCUGGCUCCAGCUGGGAUGAAGAUGAUAGUGGGUACGCUAGCUCACGCCGCUCCCACUGGGAGAGCCCUUCUCCUGCUCCUUCACACCGGGAGUCUGAACGCUUGGAACGGAGCCACCGUUCAGGCCAGGACAGCGAGAGAAAAGACAAGUCAGUGAGAGCUCGUUACCCAGAUGACACACCCCUGCCCACCCCCUCAUACAAGUACAACGAGUGGGCCAAUGACAGGAAGCAUCUAGGCUCCACUCCUCGACUCUCCAAAGGAAAAGGUAAAAAGGAGGGUAAAGAGGAUGGCAUUGAUUUUGAUAAUGAAGACGAAAAGGAGCAGUGGGAGGAAGAUCAGAGGCAAGCUGACAGAGACUGGUACAUGAUGGAUGAAGGAUAUGAUGAGUUCCACAAUCCUUUGAGAUCAAGCUCAGAUGAUUAUGUGAAAAAAAGAGAGCAGAUCUUGCAGAAGCAGACUCAAAAACGCAUAUCCGCCCAGAGACGACAGAUCAACGAGGACAAUGAACGUUGGGAGACUAAUCGCAUGUUGACCAGUGGUGUAGUGCAGCGGUUGGAAGUAGAUGAGGACUUUGAAGAAGACAAUGCGGCCAAGGUCCACCUGCUUGUCCAUAAUCUUGUCCCCCCUUUCCUGGAUGGUAGAAUCGUCUUCACCAAGCAGCCAGAACCAGUAAUUCCUGUGAAAGAUGCCACUUCCGACAUGGCUAUCAUCGCCCGCAAAGGCAGCCAGCUGGUGCGCAAGCACAGAGAGCAGAAGGAGCGCAAGAAGGCGCAGCACAAACACUGGGAGUUGGCUGGCACCAAGCUGGGAGACAUUAUGGGCAUCAAGAAAGAGGAAGACAGCACUGAAGCCAAUGCUAUCAAGGAGGAUGGUAGUGUAGACUACAGGACUGAGCAGAAGUUCGCUAAGCACAUGAAAGAGAAGACAGAGGCCAGCAGUGAGUUUGCAAAGAAGAAGACUCUGUUGGAGCAAAGACAGUAUCUGCCAAUUUUCGCCGUCCGACAGCAGUUACUUAAUGUGAUCAGAGACAACAGUAUUGUGAUUGUGGUGGGUGAGACGGGCAGUGGAAAGACCACACAGCUCACACAGUACCUGCAUGAAGAUGGCUAUACCAGUUACGGCAUGGUGGGCUGCACACAGCCCCGCAGAGUGGCAGCCAUGAGUGUGGCCAAAAGAGUCAGUGAAGAAAUAGGCAGCAAUCUAGGGGAAGAGGUUGGUUAUGCCAUCCGUUUCGAGGACUGUACCUCGGAGAAGACAAUAAUUAAGUAUAUGACGGAUGGAAUCCUGCUGCGAGAGUCUCUGCGCGAGUCUGAUCUGGACCAUUACAGUGCUGUUAUCAUGGAUGAGGCACACGAGCGGUCUCUCAACACAGACGUGCUGUUCGGCCUGCUUCGAGAGGUAGUUUCUCGGCGCUCUGAUCUUAAGCUCAUCAUCACGUCGGCCACCAUGGACUCGGACAAAUUUGCAGCGUUCUUCGGAAACGUUCCAAUCUUUCACAUUCCCGGAAGGACGUUCCCAGUGGACAUAUUGUUCAGUAAGACUCCUCAGGAGGAUUAUGUGGAGGCUGCAGUAAAACAGGCCCUGCAGAUCCACCUCAGUGGAAUGGCGGGCGACAUCCUCAUCUUCAUGCCAGGCCAGGAGGAUAUUGAGGUGACGUCAGAUCAGAUUGUGGAGCGAUUGGAGGAACUUGAGAACGCUCCUGCACUAGCAGUUCUUCCCAUUUACUCACAGCUGCCCUCUGACCUGCAGGCCAAAAUCUUCCAAAAGGCUCCAGAUGGAGUAAGAAAAUGCAUUGUUGCCACCAACAUUGCAGAGACCUCCUUGACCGUAGACGGUAUCAUGUUUGUUGUGGAUGCUGGCUACUGCAAACUCAAGGUUUUUAAUCCACGCAUAGGUAUGGAUGCCCUGCAGGUUUACCCAAUCAGCCAAGCCAAUGCCAACCAGCGUGCGGGCAGAGCCGGGAGGACAGGACCAGGCCAGUGCUAUAGGUUAUACACUCAAAGCGCUUUUAAGAAUGAGCUGUUGACCACCACCAUUCCUGAGAUCCAGCGUACUAACCUGGCCAAUGUGGUGCUGCUGCUGAAGUCUCUGGGUGUGCAGGACCUGCUGCUUUUUCACUUCAUGGACCCUCCACCAGAGGACAACAUGCUCAACUCCAUGUACCAGCUGUGGAUCCUGGGUGCUUUGGACAACACAGGUGCUCUGACACCCACGGGCCGACUCAUGGUGGAAUUUCCUUUGGAUCCGGCUCUGUCCAAGAUGCUGAUUGUGUCAUGUGACAUGGGCUGCAGUGCUGACAUCCUCAUCAUCGUAUCCAUGCUGUCCGUUCCAACUAUUUUCUACAGACCAAAGGGCAGAGAGGAGGAGAGCGACCAGGUGAGGGAAAAGUUUGCCGUACCCGAGAGUGAUCACCUGACCUACCUUAACGUCUACCUGCAGUGGAAGAACAACAACUAUUCCAGCAUCUGGUGCAACGAGCACUUUAUUCACACCAAGGCUAUGCGCAAGGUGCGGGAGGUGAGAGCUCAGCUUAAAGACAUCAUGGUGCAGCAAAAGAUAAAUUUGAUUUCCUGUGGCUCUGACUGGGACAUAAUCAGGAAGUGCAUCUGUGCGGCCUACUUCCACCAGGCUGCAAAACUUAAGGGCAUAGGGGAAUAUGUUAACGUGCGGACAGGGAUGCCCUGUCACCUCCACCCCACCAGCUCACUUUUUGGCAUGGGCUACACCCCAGAUUACAUCACCUACCACGAGCUGGUCAUGACCACCAAGGAAUACAUGCAGUGUGUGACAGCAGUGGAUGGCGAGUGGUUGGCAGAGCUUGGCCCAAUGUUCUAUAGCAUCAAACAUGCUGGAAGGAGUAGACAGGAGAACCGCCGAAGGGCCAAGGAGGAAAUCACUAAUAUGGAGGAGGAAAUGUCACUGGCUGAACAGCAGCUGCGUGCUAGGAAAGACGAGCAUGAGAGGAAGAGUGCUCUGGGCAGCGUUAGGUCAGUAAAGAUCUGUACACCAGGCAGAAGAGAGGAAACACCCAUGACUCCAAAAAGGACUCCUGCACGUUUUGGACUGUAACUCUUUUAACCAGUUUAAAUCUGUUCAAUCACUCUACACUGAGUGUAGAAAUGAGAGAUCAGUGUGCAUGUCAUUAAAUGUGCAGUUUCCUCUGUGGGCCAGCAGUAGGAGCACUUGUAUAAGAGAAGAGAAGAGAUAGAAUGUUUGGUUUUGAAUCUUAUUGCAGAUACAUGAGUUUUCUUUUUACAUACCUCAAGAUUUAAAUUGAUCAACAGAAUACUUGUUGUAGCCCUCAGGUUCAGCAUAAUAUUACCUAGGUAAAUUGAUCCCAUUCACAAAGACAGUCCUUGUUAGAUAUACCAACAACCACCACCCCCAUUCACAAAGGCUCUUCAGUUUUACAUUAGUCUGUGAUUUUUUUUAUUUUUUAUCUUAGCAGAUGCUAUACUGGGUGUUUAUGAUGGCACAUUGCACAUUGAAUGUAAACAAAUAUAAUUUGAAAUCUAAGCAAUGUAGUUUUGUUCUGCCUCAUACAUCAGACUGAAAUGAUUGUGCUGUUAAUAAAACCAACAUUUGUACACACCGGUCAUUCUCAACAAAUCUAAUAUUUUAAUCAAGUCUGCCUGCCUAUAGUCGUUUUGUAAAUAUAAAAGUGGCAACAGAAAUUAAAGUCUAGACCUUGUUUGUCAUA